AUGGGUGAGCUUCGUGUGCUGAAGAGCACCAUCACUGAUCGUCUUCCAGGAGCACAUCGGGUUAUGCUGACAAUAAGAAUGGCAAGUGAUGAUGAAGUCUGCGUGAGUAUGUUUGAUGCUUUGGCUAUUGCAUUCCAUGACAAGUUUGACGCUUACGGGAAGGAGCCUAAGAUUGUCAUACUCCUCUUCUCCUUGAUAACGCAUUGUCAUUUUCCCGCAGGGAGGUUAUAUCUCAAUGGCACUGUUGGGAAAGAGGCAUACAACCGGCAAUUUGCCUGGGGUGGUGUGGACCAGGAAGGGUCGUCAUCGAAGGUGGUUCAUGCUCAAAAGAUCGAGCCCCUCACCAUUAAAGAGCUUAACGACUUUGUCUUAACCGGUGAUCCUCAGAUCAUAGAGUUUAUUUGUACUGCAAACAUUACUGGUGUUCAGCUAGAUGAUGGAUGGUGUUACAUUGGCUGCUCCAUUUGUUCUAAGAAACUUCUCCGGGAGGAAACAUCAUUCACCUGCGUCUCAUGCAAUCUACCUAAUUCUAUAGCUGAGCUCAGGUAUCGAGUUGUCUUUUCUGUGUCCGACGCCACAGGCACAGCUGCGUUUGUUGGCUUCGAUAAAGAGGUUGCUAAACUGACUAAUGUACUGGCCUUGGAGGCUGCGCAGAUAGUGGGGAUUGGCGCUCAUGCUGCAGUUGACACUGAUAUCCCUCGGUCUCUAGCAGCUGUCGUUGAUAGGACCUACACUUUUCAGCUUAAGUUAACAGAUUUCAACUUCACUCCAAAUCACCAAACCUUCACCAUAUCACGGAUUUUUCCAGCACGAGAGCUAGCACCAAACCCCACGUUUACUAAGCGUGUUGGUCCUUUUCCUUCCAUCCUUUUUUAUUGCUUGCCAUUUUCAAUGCCAGGAAGGUGA